GCCCCGCCUGGGAGGUUGAGACCCGCCGGCGCUGGGGGUCCGGCGCCAGCUUCGGAGCCUAGGAGUUUUGAGGGCGGGGGAGGGAAGUCGUCAAACGGAGGCCGAGGGAAAUGAGGCGGAGGCCGCCGAGAAGCGAGGAGCCCCGCCCCCUCCGCCAUAGCGGCCUCCCAGUGCCGCCCCUUCCUUUACAGCCUCCCGCCCUCCCCUGCCUUCCGGUCGUAGGCCGGGCCAGGCGUCGCCAGCCCCCUCCGGAGUAACCUCUGAGCCGUGGCCCUUUGGGGAGAAGAGAUGCCCAAUCUCUGCUUGGGACUCUUGUCGAAAAGGAAACGGCUGGAAAGGGCUUCGGACCCGGGUGGGCGGCAGAAGGCGGCCCCUGAAGCCGGCGGCCAGCAAGGCUUCUGGUCCCGAGGACCCUGGGUCCGAACAACACCCCUCGCCCCCGAGGAUGUUAGUCUUACCCAAAGGGUCCAGGGCUCCGAUUCAACAGGUUUUCCUGUCUGCUCAGAUGGGACCCUCCCUGCCCUAAGCAUACAAGAGCAUGCGCUGUCAUCUGACAAGUACUGAGCUUGGAGUUGGGAGAUACUGGUUCUGAAAGAGCGCAUCCGCUUUGGCAGGAGUGAGGGCUGGUGGAAAAGACUGAUGUUUCAGACAGAAAAAAAAAAAGAGACAUUCUCCUUAAAUAUAUCCUUGGGUGUGCCACUUGAUCCUAGUGAGCCUCAGUUUCCACAUCUGUAGAAUGGCGAUGGCUACACGUCUUCUGUGCUCGCUGGGUCUAGAGCUUGAGUCUCGAGAGACGAAGAAUGGAAGCCUGGUGAAGAGGCAGAGAAGCCUGAGGGAGCUCAGCCCUGGCAGCAGGCCCCCUGAGUUCCUGGUGGUGAGAGGAUGUGGCCCCUGGACCCAUCCCGGAAGGAGGUCCUGGGGUUUGCAGUCAGCUGCCGUGUCCUGACUCUGGUGCUGCAGGCUCUCUUCAAUGCCAUCAUCCCAGACCAUCGUGCAGAAGCCUUCUCUCCUCCUCGCCUCGCCCCCUCUGGCUCUGCAGACCAACUCGUGGAAGGUCUUCUGGGCGGCCUAUCUCACUGGGACGCUGAACACUUCCUGUUCAUUGCCGAGCACGGCUAUCUGUAUGAGCACAGCUUUGCCUUCUUCCCUGGUUUCCCCCUGGUCCUGUUGCUGGGGGCUGAAUUGCUGAGACCCCUGUGGGGGUUACUGAACCUACGGAGUUGCCUGCUCAUCUCAGUAGCGCUGCUCAAUUCCUUGUUUUCCGCGCUGGCUGCACUUGCGCUUCACGACCUGGGCUGUUUGGUUUUGCGCUGUCCCCGCCAGGCCUUUUAUGGAGCACUGCUCUUCUGCCUCAGCCCCGCCAAUGUCUUCCUGACUGCUGGUUACUCAGAAGCUUUAUUUGCUCUCCUGACAUUCAGCGCCAUGGGGCAGCUGGAAAGGGGCCAAAGCUGGACUAGUGGACUCUUUUUUACCCUUGCCACUGGUGUGCGCUCCAAUGGGCUAGUCAACAUUGGCUUCCUCAUACAUUCUCAGUGCCAAGGCUUUUUCUCAUCUCUCAUGGUGCAGAAUGCUCUGAGACAGCUCUUGAAGCUGAUGGGCUCUGUGUUCCUGUCAGUGUUCACACUCGGCUUUCCCUUUGCCCUCUUUCAGUAUUAUGCCUAUACCCAGUUCUGUCUGCCAGGCUCAGCCCACCCCAUUCCUCAGCCCUUGCUGCAAUUAGCUGUAGACCAGGGCUACCGAACUGCAGAGGGAAACAAGCCACCUUGGUGCUCCUGGGGACUUCCCCUAAUAUACAGCUACAUCCAGGAUGUCUAUUGGAAUGUUGGCUUUUUGAGAUACUAUGAACUCAAGCAGGUGCCCAAUUUUCUACUGGCUGCACCGAUGGCUAUAUUGGUUGCCUGGGCAACUUGGACAUACGUGACCACCCACCCUUGGCUCUUCCUUACACUUGGGAUGCAAAGGAGCAAGAACAAAAAGACCCUGGAGAAGCCUGAACCUGGAUUCCUCAGUCCUCGGGUGUUUGUGUACCUGGUCCACGCUGCAGCGCUGCUGCUGUUUGGCAGUCUGUGCAUGCAUGUUCAGGUUCUCACCAGGUUUUUAUGCUCCUCCACUCCUAUUGUGUACUGGUUUUCAGCUCACUUGCUUCUGGAUCAAGAACCGCUGCUGAGAUCCCUAGAGGCUGUGCCUGGGAAGCCUCCUGCUGGGGACCCUCCACCAGGACAAAAGGGCCCCAGAAACUCUAUCAUGGGACUCUUGUACAACUGGAAAACUUGUUCUCUGGUCACACGAUGCAUUCUAGGCUACUUCGUGACUUACUGGCUCUUGGGACUACUCCUCCAUUGCAACUGGCUGCCUUGGACAUAACCUGGAGACCUAGGGGACAGGCCUGAAGCAGACAUAACCAGGAUCUGAAAGUACAAAUACACUCUGGGGCUGCCUGUGCUCCCUGGAAUCCCUACUCUGUCCAUUAGAACCUCUCUCUCUAGCUGAACGUUGGUUAGGAAUGGAAAAAGUGAAAGCCUCUAGAGAGCCCUUUCUGGUCCUUGCUGUGGCAAAUUUUAGAGUAGUAACUGUUUUCUCUAUAAAGGAAGAAGUCUUAUUCCAGAUCUAUGUUGUCAGUCAACCUUAGCAGAGAUAGUCUUAAACUUACCACCUACCCACAUGUAAAUUUAAAUAUCAGUUUCAUAAAAGGCUCUAGCUGACAAGCUGGUCAUAGUCCACAGAGUGAUGAUGGAGGCCCGAACAGUGUAGCAGCGAUAGUAAGUAAAAUGGGACCAUCUUUUCUAAAUGGGAUGUUGUUUCUGAUGAGUUUUUUCAUGAUUUGUUCACUUAUUUAUAUGAAAAAUCUUACAAAGAUAUGCAAAUUAAACUUCUGUUUAUAUCUGUAA